GGCAGGACGCGCGCUCAUUGGUCCAGCCACACGCCGCUCAGAGGCAACGCUUCGCCUUGAUUGGCUGGGCCCCAUCGGUGCCGCCCCCAGGCUCCGCCCUCCUCUUCUUUCCCUCUGAUGUCGUCAUAACGGGUCGUAAAGCCUGGGUGGAUGUUGCUGUUCACAUGGCAGCAGCCAACUCGACUCCCCCGGGCUCCCUGGACAUAAACCAGCCCGGCUUCCCAAAGGAGAUCCUAGGGACCGAGUUGGAGGGCAAGUACCUGUGUUCGGAGUGCGGCAACAUUUUGCGGCGGCCGUUUCAAGCCCAGUGCGGUCACCGCUACUGCUCCUGCUGCCUGAAGAAAAUUAUCAGCUCAGGGCCCCAGAAGUGUGGAGCCUGCAUCCAAGAGGGAAUAUAUGAAGAUGGGGUUUCAAUUCUGGAAACAAGUUCGGCCUUCCCGGACAACGCGGCGCGGCGGGAGGUGGAGAGUCUCCCGGCAAUCUGCGUUCAUGAGGGCUGUGCGUGGAAAGGGACGAUAAAGGACUACGAGAGCUGCCACGAAGGGAGCUGCCCGUUCGCUCUGGUCACCUGCCCGGCGUGCCGGGGUUUGGUCCGGCUGAGCGACAAGGAGCGCCAUGCCGAGCGGGAGUGCCCCGAGAGGAGCCUCAACUGUAAAUACUGCAAGGUCCUUUUCUACUUCCCCGAAAUUAAGGCCCAUGAUGAAGUGUGCCCCAAAUUCCCCCUCACCUGCGAAGGCUGUGGAAAGAAGAAGAUCCCGAGAGAAAAGUUUCCAGACCACGUCAAGAGUUGCAGCAAAUGCAAAGCGCCCUGCAGGUUCCAGCCCGUCGGCUGCAACGAAGUGGUGGAGAACGAGAAGCUCCCUGAGCAUGAGAGCCGGUGCCUGGGGGAGCAUCUCUACAUGCUGCUGAAUUUUGUCCUGAGCCUCCGGUCAGAGUCCCAAAAGCUCUCAUCCCCGUCGGGCCUCCUCUCGGUGGAGGAGGGCUCCUCUCCCCUCCGCGGUGGGGACCCUCUGCUCUCGGAGUUGGAGUCUCCCAGCGUCCUGGAGCUCCUGGGGAGGUGCGAAGCCUUGGAGAGGAAGACGGUCACCUUCGAGAACAUCGUCUGUGUCCUCAACCGGGAGGUGGAGAGGGUGGCCCUCACGGCCGAGGCCUACCACCGCCAGCACCAGCUGGACCAGGAGAAGAUCGAGGCACUCAGCAGCAAGGUCCGGCAGCUGGAGCGGAGCAUCGCCUUGAAGGACCUGGCCCUGUCUGAGAUGGAGCACGCGAUCCAGGAGAUGGACGCCGCCUCGCAUGAUGGCAUCUUCAUCUGGAAGAUUACCGACUUCGCCCGGAAACGCCAGGAUGCCAUAGCUGGGCGCUCGCCAGCCAUCUUUUCCCCAGCCUUCUACACAAGCAAAUAUGGCUACAAGAUGUGCCUCCGCAUCUACCUCAAUGGGGAUGGCACCGGGCGCGGCACCCACCUCUCCCUCUUCUUCGUGGUCAUGAAAGGACCCAGCGAUGCCCUCCUGCGGUGGCCAUUUAACCAAAAGGUCACCCUGAUGCUGCUGGACCAGAACAACCGGGAACAUGUGAUUGACGCCUUCCGGCCGGAUGUCACCUCCUCCUCCUUCCAGCGGCCUGUCAGCGACAUGAACAUUGCCAGCGGGUGCCCACUCUUCUGCCCCAUUGCCAAGAUGGAGAACAAGAACUCAUAUGUGCGUGAAGACACCAUCUUUGUCAAAGCCAUCGUCGACCUCACGGGUCUCUAAAGGCGCUUCCUUGGUUAUUCUUCCUCGGUCUGCACUUGGAGUCCAGAACCCAUCAUUCUCCCAGGAAUGUUGGGCUGCAGGUUCUGCGCACGCGUAUGUCCUCGCAUCCUUGAGAGUUGUGGGGUAAGGGGCAGAGAAGGGCAGAGGCACGCCACCCCAGAGGGAAGGACCUUCUGUGUUUGGGGGGGAGACGCGCCAUCCCACUGGAUGAUGCUUUUGGCUAAGGAACAGGCCAGUGACUUGUGGCAAAAUGUGGGUUUUCCUUUUUGGGGGGGGGAUUUUUUGGAGGGGGUUGUCAGUGGUGCUGCCCAUGUGAUGCCUUCCAAAUUGUCCCCCAAAGAGGGGCAUUUGUCAGAUUUGUCUCUAUAGGUCACUUUGAGUUUUCCUGAAAAGGGGGGGGGGAAACACCUUGACUUUUUAUACUUAUAUCUAUAUUUUUGCCUGCGUUCUGUUAAUUCUCUGCUGCUGCCUGGAUGAGCUCUGGGGGGUUACGGAUGUGGAUGUGUCCAGCGGAGUCAAGGGGCCAGUUUGCUUUAGCCCCCUCUCCAGGUUAUCUGGGUUGGGUUUACAAGAGGGAGGAAGGCUGCUUAAGAGAAGCAAUGGGAGGCUGGGUGCGCUGGAGGAGGAGGAGGACUCCUUCUUGGAAGGAAGUUGGAGGGAGAUGCCUAAAGCUGCCUUGACCACAGAGCACACCUUUGGAGUGGAUCCGAGAUGCUUAGACACUUCCAGAAAGGGAGCAUGGCUCAGAGAUGGUGCCUUUCAGGAUCUAGUCUUCCGCCUCCCUCCCUCCCUCCCUUCGGGGAUCCUUUCCUCAGAAGGGCAGGCAGAGGGUGGGGGGCCCAGGUCCCUGGGACUUCUCAGGUUGCCCCCAAUGAUUCUGAGGGUAGAAUAAAUGGAGCUAAAAGAACCAAAUUGGUCUCACCCCUUAUCCACAGUUGCCUCCCUCACUUUAUUUAUUAUAAAAUACAAUAGUGCCCAAUGUGGCUGCUAGCUCUGUCUUUAAUACCUGAGUGAACCAAAUCUGUGCAACCAGGGGUGGGCCCUGUCUUCCUUCUCCCCUCCCCUGCUUCCAACAGAUAGUAGAAACCAUGGAUCAGGCCCCGUCCCGGUCGUGGAGACGCGGCUCCCUCCUGCGUUGUGGAAAGGCAGGCCAUGGGGAGGCAUUAAAGCACCCAUUGAAAACUAACCCUGCUGCAGCCGUUGCUAGCCUUAUACAAAUGCUUGCCGUUUAUCUUUUUCUGUUGCUGUGCCCUUUGUUCUCCUGGGCAAUUCCCUUCAGCCUGAGUCAGUUUUUGGAGUUUACCCUGAGGUUUAAAAGUGUGUUUGAAUGACCAUUGGCUCCUCAAAGGAGGCUCAGUGUUUUCAUUAGAGGCCAGCUCCUCCUAAGGUGCUCUUUUGUGAAAUGGGAAUAACCUUUGCCUUCAUCCUCUUCCCCCAAAAUAUAGAGGGCAGGAGACAAUUGGCAGGAUCGUCUCUGGUGCCGGUGUGGAACCUCCAAAGCCAGACUCUGAAGGGAUGGGGACGGUGAAUGCGGGUGGACCCACGUCUCCCAGGGGGAUUGGAGCCAUGUCUGUUUGUGAUAUUGAGGGGUGAGGACUUGGUUUUAAUGUGGGGAAAGAGGGGGAAGCUUUGGCCCAAGAGUGGAUUUUGGUUGUUGCUGCCGGAAGCCCCCUUUCUGACCCCAGAUGCAAAAGUUGUGUGGUGGCUAAAUAAAAGAUAUACUAGUUUUUAAAUAAUGUGAGCAAGUAGCUGUCCUGAUAUCUUUGAGAAGCAGAAAAACAGCUUUUCUUCCCUUCUCUUUUAAGAUAACAAGCGAGGGAAGACUUCCAAAAGCUUUCCAGUUUCUGCUCAGCUGCUGCUGCUGAAGGUCACCCAGAAGCCUCUUGAGCCCUCUCUCCUCCAGCCUCCCUUCCUUUUUGUUUGCAAAAUGCCAGAGGCACUGCUCUGCAUUUCUAGUCAAGAGGGAUGAAUUUAAGGGUCUGCUUGGCCCAAAAUGGGGCUUCCUCCCUGCCCUGGACUGCAGUUUCCCCAGAGCUUGGGGGAAGCCUUUUUUGGAGGACUCCACUCCCAAGCCCUGGAGAAGUAUGUAUAGGGAUAUAAAGGGCAGGGGAGCUGUUGCAUGUGGGCCAGAUAUCCCCAAAGGAAUCCUUUCUCU